GCGUCAGCUCCGUUCGUUCUUGGGAGUGGUGGCAUAUGAUUCAAAGUUUGUGCCCCAGUUCGCAGAGAAGGUCAGCCCGUUGUUAAAGCUGCUUCGCAAGGACGUGCCCUUCGUGUGGACAGCUGAAGCGGAUCAGGCCUUUGACCAUCUAAAGGCAGGCAUCGCAGAAGCCCCGACAUGUCUACGGCUACCCAAUCCUGGUGAGAGGUUCACUGUGGCUGUCGACGCAAGCAACGUGGCAAUCGGUGCGGUUUUGUCUCAACCGGCUGGGGUGGUGGAGUACGCGAGCAGAGUGCUGACGGGGGCGGAACAGAAGUAUUCAACAACGGAGAAAGAAUGCUUGGCCAUCGUGUGGGCGUUAGAGAAGUGGAGAAAUUACUUACUGGCGAAUGAAUUCCGGGUCGUCACUGACCACAAACCGCUCUCGU